GCGGGCUGCCUCCCGCAGUAGACGAUGCCGCCGAGGCGGCGGUGGCGGCGGCGCGCUCGGGCGGUCUGAAGCGGUGUCCGACUGCCACGGGCCGGCGGCGCGAUGAGCUGGGCGGCCGCCCCCGGCUCAGGGCUGUGAGGGGCUCGGGGCCGGGGGUGGGCAGCAGCGGCUCGGCGGCUGGCCGACGCUCCUUCUUGGCGGCGGCGGCGGCGGCGGCGGUGUCGGUGGCCAUGCGCGGGAUUGCGCGGCCAGGGCCGCUGGGCCGGGGCCACCACCCGGGGGCCCGCGGCCUGAGGGCCCCGCCGCCGCCGCUGCUGCUCCUACUUUUGCUGCUGCAGCUACUGCCCGCGCGCGGAGCCGCCGCUGCUCCCGCCCUGCGGACCCCUGCGUUGCCGCCCGCGGCUGUGGGGCCCAGCGUGAGUCUCUACCUGAGCGAGGACGAGGUGCGCCGGCUAAUCGGUCUUGAUGCAGAACUUUAUUAUGUGAGAAAUGACCUUAUUAGUCACUACGCUUUGUCCUUUAACCUGUUAGUACCCAGUGAGACAAAUUUCCUGCACUUCACUUGGCAUGCGAAGUCCAAGGUUGAAUAUAAGCUGGGAUUUCAAGUGGACAAUUUUGUAGCUAUGGACAUGCCCCAGGUCAACAUUUCUGUUCAGGGGGAAGUUCCACGCACUUUAUCAGUGUUUCGGGUCGAGCUUUCCUGUACUGGCAAAAUAGAUUCUGAAGUUAUGAUUCUAAUGCAACUCAACUUGACAGUAAAUUCUUCAAAAAAUUUUACAGUUUUAAAUUUUAAACGGAGGAAAAUGUGCUACAAAAAACUUGAAGAAGUAAAAACUUCAGCCUUGGACAAAAACACUAGCAGAACUAUUUAUGAUCCUGUACAUGCAGCUCCAACCACUUCUACGCGUGUGUUUUAUAUCAGUGUAGGGGUUUGCUGUGCAGUAAUAUUUCUUGUAGCAAUAAUAUUAGCUGUUUUGCACCUUCAUAGUAUGAAAAGAAUUGAACUGGAUGACAGCAUCAGUGCCAGCAGUAGUUCCCAAGGGCUGUCUCAGCCAUCCACCCAGACGACUCAGUAUCUGAGAGCCGACACACCCAACAACGCAACUCCUAUUACCAGCUCCUCAGGUUAUCCUACUUUGCGGAUAGAGAAGAACGACCUAAGAAGUGUCACUCUUUUGGAGGCCAAAGCCAAGGUGAAAGAUAUAGCAAUAUCCAGAGAGAGGAUAACUCUAAAAGAUGUACUCCAAGAAGGUACUUUUGGGCGUAUUUUCCAUGGGAUUUUAAUAGAUGAAAAAGAUCCAAAUAAAGAAAAACAAGCAUUUGUAAAAACAGUUAAAGAUCAAGCUUCUGAAAUUCAGGUGACAAUGAUGCUAACUGAAAGUUGUAAGCUACGGGGUCUUCAUCACAGAAAUCUUUUGCCUAUUACUCAUGUGUGUAUAGAAGAAGGAGAAAAGCCCAUGGUGAUAUUGCCUUACAUGAAUUGGGGGAAUCUUAAAUUGUUCUUAAGGCAGUGCAAAUUAGUAGAGGCCAAUAAUCCUCAGGCAAUUUCUCAACAAGACCUAGUACACAUGGCCAUUCAGAUUGCCUGUGGAAUGAGCUAUCUGGCCAGAAGAGAAGUCAUCCACAAAGAUCUAGCUGCUAGGAAUUGUGUCAUUGAUGAUACACUUCAAGUUAAGAUCACAGAUAAUGCCCUCUCCAGAGACUUGUUCCCCAUGGACUAUCACUGUCUAGGGGACAAUGAAAACAGACCAGUUCGAUGGAUGGCUCUUGAAAGUCUAGUUAAUAAUGAGUUUUCCAGCGCUAGUGAUGUGUGGGCCUUCGGAGUAACACUGUGGGAGCUCAUGACUCUGGGCCAAACGCCAUAUGUGGACAUCGAUCCCUUUGAGAUGGCUGCAUACCUGAAAGAUGGUUACCGAAUAGCCCAGCCAAUCAACUGUCCUGAUGAACUAUUUGCUGUGAUGGCCUGUUGCUGGGCCUUAGAUCCAGAGGAGAGACCCAAAUUCCAGCAGCUGGUACAAUGUCUCACAGAGUUCCAUGCAGCCCUGGGAGCCUAUGUCUGACUCUCCUGUCACAAUCCUAGCAGCAUCGGGAGGAAGAUGCCUAUCAGGGCUUAUUUGGAGCCAUACUUGGAUGCUUCGUGUAUAACGCAAUGCCAGCAGAAGUGCACUUGUCUUCUGGAACACCGUGCCUUAGAAAUGCUUUAGAAUCUGAACUUUUUAAGACAGACUUAAUUAUGUGGAAUAUUUUCUAGAUAUCACUUUUAUUAGGCUGAACUGAAAGUGUUUUUUGUAAUUUUUUGGCCAAAAGAUUUUUAAAACAUAGUUUCUUUGGACUAGGGGUGCAUUCUUACAAAAUAAACAGUUUUUAAAAUCGUUUAAACACAGGUAUUUGGAAUAGCUAUUUUAGCAUCAACUACUUUUUUAUUUUUUUACUUCAUUGAGGUGAUUGUAGCUGAUCCACCUUUAAAAUUUUUAAAAAUACUAGUUUUAUCACUAAUCUUGGAAAUGGUUUGUCUUCAAGAUACAGUACUUUUCUUAGGAAAGGAGAAGCAGCAUAACAAAAUAUCUGGUAUGCCUUGUACGAGAAAAGGCAUUAUUGGAGAUAGAAAAUUUAUAGAAAAGCUCAAAUUAAAUUUUUUGUAAUACUUACUAGAAACAGAAACUGUGCUCUUGUAUGAAAAAAUGGCUUAUUUUUUUUUUUAAAUAAAAUGGAGUUCUGCUUUUUUAUUUUUGGGGAAGCAGGAACUGAAUUCAUUACAUCUUAAAUUGGGCAGAAAUUAGCUUUUCCAUGAGUCAAAAGUGGGUUUGGGCAGGUUAAUAGUGAAGAGUGGCUGUUUAAUUUAUUUUUACUUUCUGGAAAAGGAGAUAAUACAAUUCCAGAAAGUGAAAUCAUGUUUCGAAGGUUACAAAUCCCUUUUAUUGCACCUAGAAUAGUGCUAUGCACAGAGUGGGUGCUUGAGUUGGCAUGGGUAAUAAAAUGUAAACUGGUAAAUUUUGUGCUUAUCUUCAAGACUGGCUUAAGUAUAAAAUUUGUUUUUUAAAACACUUGAAAAAUUAAAGGCUUUGUUUUUAUAUUAUAAUAGUAUCAGAAA